UUUACUAUGGCUGGACCAUUUCUAUCACCUUUACCUGGUGAUCUUUUAACGGAAUAUAUGUUCGGACGUCGUCGCCAACGCCGUAAUCGUACAACAUUUACGCCACAACAAUUACAAGAAUUGGAGGCGUUAUUUCAAAAGACCCACUAUCCGGAUGUAUUUUUACGUGAAGAAGUCGCUUUGCGUAUUAGUUUAAGUGAAGCUCGUGUUCAGGUAUGGUUUCAAAAUCGUCGAGCCAAAUGGCGAAAACAGGCACGUUUACAGCUACUACAAGAUGCUUGGCGAAUGAGAUGUCUAAGCUUAGGACAGCCACCGGUUAUGGGGCAAGGCGGUGGUCCAAUACCAAAUGGCGCCUCACUAAAUGGUCCCAUGCCACCCGGUAUGGAUGCGGCACCAGAAAACCUUUCCAACACUUCAAUACCCAAAGACGCCAACAAUGGGUCAAUGGGUAAUGGAUCACCACCACAACACAAUAAUAUGACAAUGAUGCAUCCGGCUGAAAGUGGGCAAAAUAAAUCGAACACAGGUGGUGCUGCUACUGGAGGAAAUGAGAAAACCUAUACCGAACUUAAACUUUACAAAGAUCAUCACCUGCAAAAUCAACAUUUAACACAGGCACUACAUGCACACAUGCAACAUGAUCCACGAUUAAUGGCUGCUCUCGAUCACAAUUCGGAUGAUGGUUCAGAUGGGUCGGAUUCGGAAGAAAUUGAUUUGACAUCCGGAUCAUGUAUAGAUUUUUCAAAUAAACAUCAAAAUGUUGUUAUUGGCAGUACAACAGCGCAGGGGACAAGUCCUACAGGACAGACACCGCAACAGCAGCAGCAACAACAGCAAUUACAACAACCACAUUUGGUAUCGAGCAAUGGGGUACAUUGA